GCCGCAGGUGUGGCCCGGGGGCACCGGGAGCGGCGGGCGCGGGCCGGCCGGGAGGGGAGGAGUGCCCGCAGCCCGCCCCGCCCCUCGCGCCCCGGGCUCCUCCUAGCUUCGCCAUGGUGGAGCAGGGAGACGCGGCGCCGCUGCUGUGCUGGGCCGAGGGCCCCGCGGUGUCCCUGCCGCAGGAGCCCGAGCUGCAGGCGGGAGGCUGGGCCCGGGGCGGUGGCGGCAGGAGCGGACGGCUGGCCGCGGAAGCACCCCGGAGGCGGGAGCCCGAGGAGCCGGCCCCCUCCGAAGUGCUGCUGCAGCCCGGGCGCCUGGAGCUGGGCGACGUGGAGGAGGACCAGGUGGUGGCCGUGUUUGUGGUCACCUUCGAUCCCCGCUCGGGAAACAUGGUAGAAUGGUGCUUACCUCAAGAUAUUGACCUUGAAGGUGUUGAGUUCAAGUCUAUGGCUAGUGGGUCCCAUAAAAUUCAGUCUGAUUUCAUCUAUUUUCGAAAGGGGCCCUUCUUUGGUCUGGCUUGCUUUGCCAACAUGCCAGUGGAGAGCGAGCUGGAGCGGGGCGCUCGAAUGAAGUCCGUAGGCAUCCUCUCUCCCUCCUAUACCCUGCUCUACCGAUACAUGCAUUUCUUGGAGAACCAGGUUCGACACCAGCUGGAGAUGCCGGGACAUUACUCUCAUCUGGCCGCAUUCUAUGAAGAUAAGAAAGGGGUACUCCAUGCUGGCCCUGGGAGGGGCAGCAGCCUGCCCCCUGUCUACUGGCUGCCUUCCAUCCACCGCUAUAUGUACCCUGAGAUGAAGAUCACACACCCUGCUGGCUGUAUGUCUCAGUUUAUUAAGUUCUUUGGAGAGCAGAUCCUCAUUCUUUGGAAGUUUGCCUUACUCCGAAAGCGCAUUUUGAUAUUUUCUCCCCCACCCGUGGGUGUUGUGUGCUACAGAGUAUACUGUUGCUGCUGCCUGGCCAACGUCUCACUUCCUGGCAUCGGGGGCACCAUCCCUGAGUCCAAACCCUUUUUCUAUGUGAACGUGGCUGACAUCGAGAGCCUGGAGGUAGAGAUGUCCUAUGUGGCCUGCACCACAGAGAAGAUCUUUGAGGAGAAGCGAGAGCUGUACGAUGUCUAUGUGGAUAACCAGAAUGUGAAGACUCACCAUGACCACCUGCAGCCCCUGCUGAAGAUCAACAGUGCAGACAGAGAGAAGUACCGUCGGCUCAAUGAGCAGAGGCAGAUGCUGCUGUACUCCCAGGAAGUCGAAGGUGACUACAACCCUUGUGAAGAGGACCUCUUUGUACUGUUUUUCUUAGAGCAAAAUAACCGGAUUUUUCAGACUUUGAUGGAGGUGUCUGCGAGUCAAGACAAAACUCUAACUGCAGAGCAUGCCCGGGGUAUGGGCCUGGACCCCCAGGGAGACAGGGGCUUCCUUAUGGACCUGCUCGAGGCCUAUGGCAUUGAUGUCAUGCUAGUGAUUGACAACCCCUGUUGUCCAUAGGAAGAGUGACAUAGGACUGGUGAGACUCGCGCGGUGACACUCCAGGACCCCAGUGGCGUUGGUUUUGUAUGAAGCUGACAAAAAGGACUCUUUCUAUCCUCCCACACAUGUAAUUUUUGCCAUUUCCUUUCUUCCUGUCUCCUGGGUUGAAGUGUGACUGCCUUGACUUCGAAUCCUGCCUUGGUUGGGAACUGGAAUCUACCAAUCUACCACUGUCUUCCAGAGCUGCCUGUUCUCUGCGGUCUUAGUUCUAUCAGUUCAAGUGGGGUGAACUGUGGGAUGAGCUGCUCACAAAGUUUGUAUGUCCCCUGGUACAUAGAAUAAGGCAACCAGGUGUCCAGUGUUUAUCUGCCUAAAAGCAGAAACUAAUCAGGUAACCUUUCAAGGUCACAGAGUUCUAGGAGUCAGCAGCGUUGGGAUCACCUGUUAGGGUAAGUCUGUGUCUUCUCUGUUCACUUGAUUAGGGACCACUGCGCACUAAAUGUGACCUCCUCUAAGGAUGUAAUGGCAGGGGGAGGUUGUUUUAUGAGUCAGCUGAAAAACUAGAAUGAAGCCUUGAAAUCCUUAAAAUAAGGGAAUGGUAGCUACUAAAUGGAAUACUCCCUACCCCUUUGGGAUGGUUUGGUAUUCCUAAGGUUGGUGUUUGGCCCUGGAGCUUACAAGCAGAUUCAUUUGAGUCUCUUUUAAGGGUUGAUCAUCUUGGAGUAACUUGGGUGGAGUUCAUGCAGGAGAGGGAAAAAGUGCAAGUUUCUCUGACUUUGCAUAGACAGAGCCAGUGGAUUCUGAAAUGUAGCCAGGUUCUGGAGCUAGUUGACUCCAGUUAGAACAUGGUAUUAAUAGGACUGUUUACCGGUUUGGAGGUCUUGAAAACAUCCCUUUAGCAGAGGCAACAUUCCUUAGGCUAAGCAGUUGCAUCCAGGCACCUCAUAGAUCUGACAGGGAAUAUCUGAUAGUACCUUGUCUUGAGAGUGGCUGGAAAUCUGAGUGUCAGGAACCACCGUGCUUGCAUUCUGGAUCCUAUAGUCAUCCUUUCUGGGGUGCUGGAUUACUUAUGGCUGCAGUUUAGGUAAGAGGACAAUUGUCAGUCAGAAAGCCAGGUCCCAUGCAUAGAAUCUAGUUGUGUUUGACUGAGAUACCUGGUUGUUGGGAAUGGGCUCUUCUCCGGCACCCUCCCGCCUGGUUGUAUUAUGGGAAUGGCUGACUAUCAGGCAUCUUUAAGGCCAAGAAGUAGCCAGGCUAAGAUGGGCCAAACAUCUUAAUUCAGGUGUUUUCACUGUAGCUCAUGGAUAAGGAAUUCAAGAGUGUGGAUAUAAAUGCAAAUAGAUAAAAAUAGACACUGAUGAGUCAGGGUCACAUCUUCUGUGUAAAUAUGUAAGGUUGGGCAUCAUCAGACUGUACAACUAACAGAUUUGCCCUCUGCAUUGUGGGUUUAGCCAUCAUUCCAGUAACAUAAAUGUUUACAAAAACCACAGCUGUGCUCAGUGGCUGAAGUUUCACCUGCGUUGUGUUUGUGGCUGCCCUCUCCUUUUGCCCACAAGGCUGAGCAGGGACCUUCUGAGAAGGGUCAAGUAAUGUUCCUUCCAGUUAUCUUCAAGAGCUCAGGGUUUUCUAGGUUUGGGUAGGCAGGCAGAGAUAGGCAUAGGAGUAAAAGAAGUCUGCCUCUCCUAAGGAGCCAGCAGACCCUCUUUCUCUGAAACUAAAGGAGUUGCUGGACAAACCCAUUUCUAAGAGCCACCUCAGAGUCUUCUGCCUGUGUGCCAACACUGCUGUUUCUGGCCUGUUGUAACUGCAGGCUGAGAAGUGCUGAUGUAAAUGUAGCAAGGGGGUUGUCCUUUGCGAGUCAGGGCUUGAGGCUCUUUUUAACUAGGCAGCCACCUUUCUGGUAUCUCCUGUGUCCCCCUCAUGUUCAUGCAGAGUUGGGGUCCCAGAGGUGAUGCCAUAGGCCUGGGCUUAGCUGACCCUGGAGCAGAACUUGUUCAGCAUUUCCUCCAGUCCUUCCCACCUUGCCAGCUUCCUCCCGGGCCAGACCCGGUAGCCUCUGCUUGCCUGAACAGCAUGUGUGUUAGCGCCUCGUUAGCACCUCAGCAAUGUCUUCUUCCAGCUAUGAUCCUCAGAGCAAGUACCUGGAAGUGAAGGCCCAGCUUCCUAUGGCACUUUUGAAGCCUUGCUUAGUACCACACAGCUCCCCCGAGUGGCAGUUAGCAGACACAAGCCAGUAUCAUGCUGCCAGCUCCCCGCAGUACAGGGUGAGGUACUACGUAGAAUUCCCUCUUCAGUGAUGGCAGAAGCCGGGAGCAACAUGGACCUGCAUUUGUCAUUUGUGAAUUUUUUGAAAAACCAUCUGCUUUUGUUUGGAGGACGUUGGUACAAAUCCUUCACAGCUUCCUAGGUCUGUACUCAGCAGGGACAGGCUUUUUUCUUUUUUUUAAAAUUACUGACCUCCAGGAGCAGAGCUGAAAACUUAGUUGUCAGUCUUGUAUUCUGCUGGUGGCCCUCACUGGGCCCCUGCUAGGCUGGCAGAAGAGCCCUUCUGGGGAACACUAAGCCCCAUCUGUGCCAUGUUGUGAAUCAUGUGCUAACCUGGAAAUAACAUGCUAACCUGUGAUGCUGACCUGUCUGAUCAUUCUUAAGUUAGAAAUUCCUGAUGGCAAAAACCCUUGAGGGGCCUGGAAUCCACAUUCUGGAUUUGUGGACAUCCAUAUUAAGUAUAACAAAGGCCUCUUAAAGUAGAUGCUUUCAAUUAUGUAGGUUUAACAGAUGGUAAGACUCAACCAAUUGUUGCCAGGUUUAGGACUCUUUCUCCAGAAAUAAAAAAAUAGCAGUUUCUCUCUUACCAGACUACAAAAUAGGGCUAAACACUGUUUGGUAUUAGCUCUGGCUUCAAACAUGAAGCCUUCCUUAUGCUGGGCAUGGAUCCAUUCCAACAUCAGUGUCCUGCCCGGGGCCUGUAUGGUCCUUUCAGGAGUACUGUGAAAUGAGAGGUACUUGCCUCCCCCCAUACCCACCAUCCCCUCUGGCUCUUUUCUUCCACUGGCUGUGGGAGAGAAGCUGAAUUCAUGGAUAAGAUAGAUAUGAGUCAGUACAGGAAGCAUCUCUAACGUACCUUGCUGUAAACCACAUGAAAAUCACGACAAAGGAAGAGAACACUCAGAUGCAGUGGUGCCAGACGGUACAUGUGAAGGUCCACUUAUGUAAUUAUAUAUUUUAGCUAGAAAGUAAAGGCAAAUUAAAUCACAGGUAACUCACUGUCUUCAUUCUGAUGGCUAGGGGGAUGAACUUGCUAUCUGUCUUGAUGUACUGAAAGCUCAUUAAAUACAAUAUGGUGAAAUGACCCUUCCACUGAGGCUUUCAGUGAGUUAACUUUUCAGUGGCAAACGCCACCCCCUUGAAGAGGCAGGGACCUCAGAACUGCUCUCUCGAAACUGAAUGGAUUGAGAUGCUUUCUCCAGGCCCAGUGUAGAUCAUCCUUGGAGAGGCAAACGGGAGAAGAGGGUAUGGAUAUACAAAACUGUAAGAUGAUGCUCAGCUUCAUAGUGAACUUGACUUAACGUGAGAAGAGUUUGAAAAUGAACGUGGAGCCCAACAAGCCCUCGGUGGGCUGCUGUCUCCUGUCAGCUGCAGGUCAGUGGCUGUGAAUCAGAGCUAUCAGCUCUUCCCCAGACCCUGUAGUAGUAACAUGGCAAGGAUCCCGCCGGCCUAUAGCUUUACCUUGGCAGACGCAGUCAUCCCUCAGUUCAGGAAAAUCCUUUUCUGAUUCAGGUAGGGGAAGAGUUAAGGGUACCUUUUAUGCCCAAGUAAUGGGCUUUUAGUAUUCCAUUGUUAUUACAAAUAUACCUCUGUUCCCAGGAGCCAUUGGAGUACUGAGUGUUGUGGGAGAAAAGGCGAACUGUGAAUUACGUUAAUGUUUUUCUUAUGAGAAAUGGAAGUUUAUUUUUAUAUCAAUGUUACUAUGUGAUGAAUUGAGUAUAAAAGUGUUGAAAUGGAAGGAAAUUUCAAAGCUAUAAUCCAAGGCGAAAUGGGCAGCUUUGCCACUUGAUAGCAGUGGAAGCCUUUAGAAGCUUCACCAUCUGUGGUAGUGUUUUAAAGAGUAAAUGAGGGCACUGGCCCGGGAAGGGUAAGACACAGACAUUAACCUUCCAUAAAAUCCAGGACCAAAGAGGAUAACUGUGGUCGUUCAAUGACUCUUGCCUCCUGGUCAACUGGAGAGGGAUGGGACGUAGUUUUAUAACUGGCACUUUAAUUCAUGUUAGUGAGCUGGAAGUUAGGUGACAUUGUCAAUUUAGAAAGGGAAUAGGGAUUUCCUGGUGCUAUAUAGAGAAAUGAAGAUGGAUAAAUAAAAUUCUGUUAUCUUUUUAGAAUUUAUUCUAGAAUUUCAACAUAGCAUCAGCUUUUAGAACUACGUUGACCUAAAUUGAGAAAGUUUAUUUAACACCCAGAGAGUAGGUGUGAAUGACUUAUGUUUGCAGUAGAUGCCAGCUCAGACUAAUGCUGAGUUAACUUUGCUUUUUGGGGACAGCUGGGGUCCACAGCAUAAGCUAGGAUUUUAUAAACUGGGAAAAGAUAGAUCUGCAGAGAGGUAGAAUUAGCUGGUUGCAGAUACGGUUAGUUGACAUUAAAUUCGGGUACAUUAAGUAAAGAUAAAGUGGACUUUUCCAUUUUCACUACUGAUAUACCUCUGUUCCCAGGAGCUAUUGGCAUAUCUAAAACUUAGGAAAACCAAGUUUGGGUGUGUCAUGCCCAAAUCGGCCAUCAGCGCAGCGGGGUUCUGUACUUCUGAAGGGCCGGGAUGGGUGGCUAUGGGGCUUAAGCUGGGAGGCAAACAAAACCCACUUUCUUUACUUGCCCAAAACUUGCUAACUUUUUAAAGACUGGAAUACAAAUCUCUCCUGAAAAAGAAAUGUUAUAAACUUAGAACCCCGUUUUCCUAUUUCUUUCCCAAGUUACGCUCAGCAUCCCUAUUGCCUUAAGUGUAAAAAUCCAUUGUGCAGAAUAACCCCGCCUAAGAGUUAUAGCAAUAAGAGAACCUGAAUCUACGUUUCAAGGGUUUACCUCAUGGCAAACUCGGAAAGACACUGCAUAAGUUUUUCUGUGGAUACUACUGCAGACAAGUAUCGUAGUCUCUCUCUCCAAUAGUUAUGUACAGGCCUGAAGAAAGCCUGAGGUUAAGUGUAAAUGUUUCUCAAAUCGAUCCUUUUCUGUGGUACAAAUAACAUCUGUAUAUAUCUGAACUAAGUUGUGUGCAGAGAUGUUAAUAACUAUAUUUACAGAAAGCAAUUUUUACAAUUAAAGUUCACAUUUUAACAUGAA